AUGCCCCCGAAACGCAGAACUAGAGCUUCGAAACCGCAACCUGAAAAACAAACCUAUCCCUUAUCUCCAGACCAGGAAGGGGAAUCCCCACAGCGAAAUGACGCGGAUCAAAACAGUUUUAAAUGUCCUGACAACCUAACGGACAAUCCAGAGGAGCCAAUGGAGCCUGACGAAUUCGAGUCAUCAGGGACGUUCCCAGAGACAGACGAAGACAUGCCUGAGGAAACAGAACGUGCGGCUGUUGAAGAUGAAGGCGAUUCAGCUGAUAGAGAGACUGCCACGGAGAAGAAACGGGGCUUUGCUGGUGGUUACAAUGCGCUAAAGUCAUACAAUGGGAAAUACUAUUCUGGGAUGGCAGUUGGGGGCUCGCAUACUUGGAAUUAUGACCAGGGAAUCUGGAAGGAGACCAAGGAGGAGCCGGAUCUGUGGAAGAUCGACUAUAGGACUAAUAAGAGACGAGCUAGGAAAGCUCCAAAGGGUAGCGGUGCGCCCGUUGGAACAGAGUACCACUGGCUUAUUGUUGGGCAUCAGUAUGUCAAGAAGGUCGAUGCCAACACAUAUGAGACUGUCCUUGAGGGGUCCAAGUAUAAACUGGCGUACAAGUCGGCCACUUCGAAUUCGUGGUCCGUGCCAACUGUGAAGAAACAGCGAGAGCGGGAAGUUGAACUAUUAGAAGACGCAAAGCUGCGUGUUCAGGGUCUGCCGCCUGUUUCCGAGAAGGUUAAAGUCGAGAAACAAGAGAAAGGACAGAAAAAGCUGGACGCAAUGUUCAGCCAAGGGAAUGUGGCAGGGAAGAAGAGAAAGGCCGGAGAAUAA